AUGGUCGAAGACCCAGAGCAGGCCGCCUAUAUCAUCGAAUGGACCACCUUGGAUGACCUGAAGAACUUUCAGUCCUCCCCCGCCUGCGCAGAGUUUCUGCGAAAUCUCCCUGAAAGCAAAGAUCCACGAGUCUCUGUCGAAUCCGGUCAAGCUCUGGGGCAUCUGAGCUUCGAGGAUGCGUCCGCUCAGCCGUCGCCUGCUUCGUCGCGCUUCUUAACCUUGAAACAUAUCAAAGAGGAAGUGACAUCAAACGUCGAGGGCCGCGUGACGUUUACUGCCUUCUCAAUACCGCAAAAGAUCGACGACGUUCGGGGGAUGUGGAACGACAAAUUCAGCAGUGCGUUUGGCACCUUCGUCCCACGCGGCUCCGAGUUCAUGAAAAGCCAUCGCUAUUUCCGACACCAUCUCUCAGCCGUGUGGUUCUGGGUGCUUGAGGAAGACAAUUGGGUGGCAAACAAGUUCGGAAAUUCGGACCAAACACAAGGACAUAGCCACGGCCGGACAGUCUUCUGCCAGUUUUACGUCUGGCGUCGUAGACUGGAUGUCACUCCGGAGCACGAAGAAGCCUCGGCAGCGGACCCGCAGGCGAGGGAGUCGUGGGAGCAAGCGAUAGCGCAGGUUAUGCCUCCGGCCACCGCCUGGGAACAGGAGCGUUGGGACAUCCGGGGUGUGCCACGGUUCUUUCCCCCCGAGCCCGAUGUAGAUCCCGAGUAUCCUGAGUAUGAACUGGAGCAGCGAAGAGCCUUGGAUGAGUAUCUCCAAAUGCAUGGUUUCAAAGUCGGUGAGACUUCACAAACUGACUAG